AAAAAAGGAAAAAAAGAAUUUAAUCAUGAAGCCCUAGUAGUGUCGUAACUCUUUAUAACCUUUCAAUUCCUUUUCCUCAGUUCUUUUUGUCUGCCUCCACUCCAAUUGUUCGUAAUCGUGGAAGGAACGAAUCUGAAGUUGAAGAACAUGGAACAAUGUGGAGAAAGUUUGAGGAAGCGAGAUGUUGUUGACAGAAUCAGUGCGUUACCAGAACCUUUGAUUCUGCGGAUACUGUCCUUACUCCCGACAAAACUCGUCGUAGCCACAAGCGUCCUGUCUAAACAAUGGCGGCACGUUUGGAAAAUGGUGCCGGUUCUCCGGUUCGAAUCCGAAUCCAAAGGGGAGGACUUGCAGAAAUUCGCAGAGAAUGUUUCCAACACUCUGCUUUCACAUAAAGCUCCGAUCUUGGAUACUCUCCAUCUGAAACUCAACGACAGAUGCGAGGACGUGUACAUCGGAAUAUGGACCGCGAUCGCAUUCACACGCCACGUGCGUGAGCUCGAGCUUCAUCUUAAUUAUUUCGGCCGUGGCAACCCCGUCAGACUUCCAAGCAGCUUGUUUUGUUGUAGUAUCGACAACAAGAUUCAGACCUUGAAACUCAAGUAUCACGUUCUUCUAGAUAUUCCUUGUUUGGUGUCUCUGAACUCCCUCACAACUCUUCAUCUUCAUUCUGUGGUUUACAAAGACAGUGAGUCUAUUCGAAACCUUUUCUCUAGCUGCCCCAAUCUUGAACAUUUGGUCGUCCAUCGAUGCUAUAACGAAGACGCUGUGAGAUUCGUUAUUGAGUCUCUAUCUCUCAAGACGUUGUCUCUUUACGGUGAGAAUUUCGGAAGAGAGAAGGGGGGAUAUGUGAUAAACGCUCCGUCUUUGCUACGCUUGGAUAUUCAAAUGUUGAAAGGUUAUGAGCAUUGUCUUGUUGAGAACGCGCCUGAGCAGCUGAUAGAGGCAAAUGUUUGCAAUGUUUCUUAUGUAACCAAUGAGACUAUUAUGGGAUCUCUUAUCUCUGCCAAACGUCUUUGCUUGGACUUAUCACCUUUGCAGAUUGCAUAUCCUACUGGAAUUGUCUUCUAUCAGCUGGUAUAUCUUGAGAUGUAUUCACAUAAAGUGGAGUGGUGGAAUCUACUUACAGUGAUGCUUGAUAGCUCUCCUAUGCUACAAGUUCUGAAGCUCACUGAUCAUUCGUCUCAUCAACCCAAGCUGGUUUCGGACAAGAAAAAUAUGGAGCCGGGGAAAUGGAACCAACCAAAGUAUGUCCCUCAAUGUUUGUUGUGCCAUCUCGAGACAUUUGUGUGGACAAGACCUGAUUGGAUUAGAGAAGAAGAGAAAGAAGUGGCCGUAUACAUUCUAGGCAAUGCACGACACUUGAAGAAGGCGACUUUCAUCAUAGAACCAAUCGAACCCAAGAGGCUCUUCAGGUUAGCGAAAAGACGAGAAAUGCUCAACGAAUUGCCUGCUGUAGUCAGGGCUUCCAGUUCUUGCCAACUUGUGUUUGAGUCCGAGUGAUCUUAUUAUGUUUGAGACAAGACUCUUUAUCAAGAGAUUUUUUUUUACUGCAUGCUGUUUUUUUUUUGUCUGUGUUUAAAUGGAUUUGGUUUUGAUUCUGCUUUAUUUUGCCAAAGUUUGGUUUCACAACUUCACAAACUGCAGAAGUUGUGGAUGAGUUGUUCUUUGAUUACUUUUUCAUCUAGCACCAACUUUUGCAUCC